CCCUGAGCGCUGCGCCUGCCGCCAGUUCGGAGGGGCCGGGAGGGACCGGGAAGGGGACGGGGAAGGGACUGGGAACGGGAACGAGAAGGGGAACCGGUGAGUCAGGACAGGACGGGACGGGACCGGCGGGCACCUGCCGAGCGCCCCCUUUGCGCGCCCUUUGCGCCCCUUUCCGUCCCGUCUGGCCCCGUCGCGCCCCGCGAUGCGGAGCCCGGCGAAGCGGAGCCCCGCCGUCCUCCUGCUGCUGCCGCUGCUGGCCGGGCUGGGGGUGGCCCUGGCCCCCGAUUCCCCCCAGGGCUGUGCCCGCGGCAGCUGCUACCCGGCCACCGGGGACCUGCUGGUGGGACGAGCAGCCCGCCUGAGUGCCACCUCCACCUGCGGGCUGCGCCGGCCCCAGCCCUACUGCAUCGUCAGCCACCUCCAGGAGGAGAAAAAGUGCUUCAUCUGCGACUCCCGGCGGCCCUACGAUGCCCGCACCAACACCAACAGCCACCGCAUCGAGAAUGUGGUCACCAGCUUUGCCCCUCGCCCCAAGAAAGCCUGGUGGCAGUCAGAGAACGGUGUGGAGCAUGUCAGCAUCCAGCUGGACCUGGAGGCCGAGUUCCACUUCACCCAUCUCAUCAUGACUUUCAAGACCUUCCGCCCCGCGGCCAUGCUGGUGGAGCGCUCAGCUGACUUUGGGCACACCUGGAAGGUGUAUCGCUACUUUGCCUACGACUGCGCUGCUUCCUUUCCCCACGUCCCCCACGGGCCCCCGCGCCGCAUCGAUGAUGUCGUCUGCGAGUCCCGCUACUCUGACAUCGAGCCCUCCACUGAGGGGGAGGUCAUCUACCGGGUGCUGGACCCUGCCAUUCCUAUCCGGGACCCCUACAGCCCUGCCAUCCAAAACCUGCUGCGUGUCACCAACCUGCGUGUGAACCUCACCAAGCUGCACACGCUGGGGGACAACCUGCUGGACUCACGGCGGGAGAUCCGGGAGAAGUACUACUACCGCGCGCUCUAUGAGCUGGUGAUGCGCGGGAACUGCUUCUGCUACGGGCACGCCUCUGAGUGCGCCCCGCUCAGCGGGGCCCCUGCCACCACCGAUGGCAUGGUGCACGGGCGCUGUGUCUGCAAACACCACACGCAGGGGCUGAACUGCGAGCGCUGCGAGGAUUUCUACCAAGACCUGCCCUGGCGCCCGGCCGAGGGCUCCAGCACCAACGCCUGUCGCCGCUGUGACUGCAACGAGCACUCACGGCGGUGCCACUUUGACAUGGCUGUGUUCCUGGCCACGGGGAACACCAGUGGGGGUGUGUGUGAUGGCUGCCAGCACAACACCAUGGGCCGUCGCUGUCACCUCUGCAAGCCCUUCUACUACAAGGACCCCACCAAGGACCUGCGGGACCCUGCGGUGUGCCGAGCCUGCAACUGUGAUCCUGAGGGUUCUCUGGAUGGUGGGCUGUGUGACGGUGCUGAUGACCCAGCCAGGGGCCUGAUUGCGGGGCAGUGCCGCUGCAAGGAGCACGUGGCUGGUCCCCGCUGCGACCGCUGCAAAUCCGGCUUCUUCGGCCUCAGCGCCGACAACCCACAAGGCUGCCGGAGGUGCCAAUGUGACCCCCGUGGCACGGCGGCUGAUGGCAGCCGCUGUGACCCUGUCAGUGGGGAGUGCUUCUGCAAGCGGCUGGUGACCGGGCGCAGCUGCAGCCAGUGCCUGCCCGAGCACUGGGGACUGAGCCACGACCUCCCAGGCUGCCGGCCCUGUGACUGCGAUGUGGGAGGUGCCCGCAACAACCUGUGUGCCAUGGGGACAGGGCAGUGCCAGUGCCGCAGCCAUGUGAUAGGACGACAGUGUGAACAGGUGGAGACUGGUUUCUACCGCAUCAACCUGGAUCAUUACACCUAUGAGGCGGAGGAUGCACGGCUGCAUCAGGGCUCAGUGGUGGAGCGUGAGCCACCCCCAGACCGUCCAGCUUCCUGGACAGGGACAGGCUUUGCCCGCAUGUUGGAAGGUGGCUGGGUGGAGUUCCACGUGAGUGAUGUGCCUUUCUCCACCGAGUAUGAUGUGGUCAUCCGCCAUGAGCCACAGCACCCAGAGGCCUGGCAGGAGGUGAGGCUGAAGGUGCUACGCCCCAGCCCCGUCUCCGCCAGCAGCCCUUGUGGAAACACCAUCCCUGCCGAUGACCAGCUCUCCACCAGCCUCCCCUCUGGUGCCAGGUAUGUGGUGCUGUCCCAGCCCAUCUGUCUGGAGCAGGGUGUCUCCUACACGCUCCGCCUGGAACUGGGCUGUGCUGCUGCUCAUCAGGAUCCCACUGCCAGUGUGCUCAUCGAUUCGCUGGUGCUCCUGCCCCGUUACUCCUCACUGGAGAUGUUCAUUGCGGGUGACCCCGGCUCCAUGGAGCGCCGGGAAACCUUUGAGCAGUACCACUGUGCCCAGCCUUUCCACGCUGCGGGGCCCUCGCCUGUGGCUGAGCCUUGCUCCAGCCUCCUGCACAGCCUCUCGGCCAUCCUGCACGAUGGGGCGCUGUCCUGCCUCUGCGAUCCCCAGGGCUCGCUCAGUGCCGAGUGCCAGCCCCAGGGCGGGCAGUGCCAGUGCAAACCCAAUGUCAUGGGACGGCGCUGUCAUCGCUGUUCUCCGGGAACCUUUGGCUUUGGGCCUGGCGGGUGCCGACCAUGCCAGUGCAGCCGUGAGGGUUCAGUGAGCACCAUCUGCGAUAGCACCACUGGGCAGUGCCCCUGCCGUGAAGGCACCCAUGGCCCACGUUGUGACCGCUGCCAGCCCGGCCACUGGGGCUUCCCUGUGUGCCGGCCCUGCCAGUGCAACGGGCACGCUGAGAGCUGUGACCCUCGGACAGGCAGCUGCCUGCGCUGCCGUGACCACACGGAUGGAGAAAGGUGCCAGAGGUGUGCAGCUGGACACUUUGGGAACCCAGCGCUUGGCUCUGGGCAGCACUGCCGGCCCUGCCCCUGUCCUGAGGGACCCAGCACCCCCCGCCACUUCGCUGCCUCCUGCUACCAAGACAGCCACUCCCAGCAGGUCGUCUGCCACUGCAGCCCUGGGUACACAGGUUCCCGCUGUGAUGAGUGUGCCCCUGGGUACUAUGGGGACCCUCUGCAGGGCGGGCGCUGCCUGCCCUGCCAGUGCCACGAUAACAUCGAUGUGACGGACCCGGAGGCGUGUGACCGGCGCACAGGGCAGUGCCUGCGCUGCCUCUACAACACCGCAGGGCCCCACUGCGCCGAGUGCCAGCCCGGCUUCUACGGGGAUGCCACACGACACAGCUGCAGGCGUUGCUCCUGCAACCCCCUGGGCACUGAUGCCAGCACCUGUGGGCCCCAGCAGUGCCACUGUGACAGGCAGAGUGGGCAGUGCCACUGCCUGCCCCAUGUGGAGGGCCAGAGCUGUGACCGCUGCAGCCCCAACUACUGGAACCUGGCCAGUGGGCAAGGCUGCCAGCCUUGUGCCUGCCACCCCCAGCACUCCCUGACACCCACCUGCAACCAGUUCACAGGGCAGUGUUCCUGCCGGCCAGGCUUUGGUGGCCGCACUUGCACCGACUGCCAGGAGCACCACUGGGGUGACCCGCGGCAGCAGUGCCGAGCCUGUGACUGUGACCCCCAUGGCAUAGCCAGUGCCCAGUGCCACCGCAGCAGCGGCCACUGUGACUGCCGGCCUGGCAUCUCUGGAGUCCGCUGUGACCAGUGUGCCCGGGGCUUUGCUGGAACCUUCCCUGCCUGCCAGCCCUGCCACCCCUGCUUUGGGGACUGGGACCGUGUGGUGCAGGAUCUGGCCGCCCGUGCCCGAGCACUGGCAGAGCGGGCCAGCCUCCUGCAGCACACCGGGGCUGCCGGCGCCUUCGAGGGCACCUUCCGGCAACUGGAGGAGAAACUGGCCACUGUACGUGACGUGGUGGCCACCCGCAACACCACUGCUGCCACUGCUGCCCACCUGACACACACCAUGGAGGGGCUGCGGCGGCAGAUUGAAGAGGCAACUGAGAGGCUGACACGGGUGGAAGGGGAGCUGACGGCUGCUCAGGAUGCCAACUUCAAUGCCAGCCACGUGCUGAACACUGUGGACCGGGGCGCCCGCGCCCUCAACCACAGCCUGCAGGACUUGGAACAGCGGCUACACACCCUCAAGACCUCCAAUUUCCUUGGUGCCUAUGACAGUAUCCGUCAGUCCUAUCAGGAGUCACAGGAGGCCGAGCGCCGGGCGGACGCCUCCACCCGCGCCGUGCCCAGCCCUGUCAGUGCCUCGGCAGGCACUCGGCAGCGCACUGAGCAGCUCCUGGCCAGCCACAGGGAUGGCUUCAACCGCCACAACGCAGCCAGCCGGCGGGCACUGAUGGACCUGGCAGCAAGGGCACAGGCACUGAGCCUGCAGCCGCUCAACGAGAAGGUCUGCGGUGUGGUGGGAGAUGUGCCCUGUGCUGAGAGCCCUUGUGGGGGUGCCGGGUGCCAGGAUGAGGAUGGGAGACGACGCUGUGGUGGUCUGAGCUGUGGUGGAGCCGUGUCCAAGGCUGACAGUGCUCUGGACCGGGCACGCCAUGCCCAGGAGGAGCUGCGUCAGGCUGCCAGCGACAUGGCCCAGCUCUCCCACAAGGUGGCCGAGGCCAAGGGGAAGGCAGAUGAGGCCCGGUUGCGAGCACAGGCAGCCCUGGACAAGGCGAACCGGACCAGGGCCCGUGUGGAGAGCUCCAACAAGGAGCUGAGGGAGCUAAUCAGCCAUGUCAAGGCCUUCCUGAGCCAGGAGGGGGCUGAUCCUGAGAGCAUUGAGGUGGUAGCCAGUCGGGUACUGGAGCUGUCACUCCCCGCCGCACCGGACCAGAUCCACCGCCUGGCCGAGGAGAUCAAGACGCGGGUGCGCAGUCUGGCCAGCGUGGAUGCCAUUCUGGAGCAGACAGCCAGUGACGUGCAGCAGGCUGGGCAGCUGCUGCAGGAUGCCCAGCGGGCCAGGGCUCGGGCAGAGGGAGUGCGGGGCACGGCCGAGGCCGUGCGGCAGGCGCUGGAGGAGGCACGGCAAGCCCAGGGCAUGGCUGAGCGGGCGCUGCAGCAGGCUGCUGGUGACAUCCAGCACAGCGAGAGUGCCCUUGGCAUGAUGCAGACCCAGACAGGAAGUGCAGAGCAGCAGCUGGCAGGUGCCAUGGAGCAGAUCGGGCUCCUGGACAGGCAGACUGAUGCCCUGAAGGUGAAACGUGCAAACAACAGCCUGGCAGCCACCCGUGCCCAGGAGGCAGCCAGCACUGCGCGGGACCGGGCCGGCGAGGCCAAGCAGGUGCUGGACGGGCCACUUCGGGACCGGUACCGGACAGCACAGGAGCUGGUGGAGCACCGGGCGCAGGGCGUGCAGCAGGCGGGCAGCCGGGCACAGCAGCUGCGAGAGGAGGCCGCGGGGCUGCUGCAGGACGCCCAGGGCAAACUGCAGCGGCUGCGAGCGCUGGAGGAGGAGUACGAGCGGAACGAGCGGGUGCUGGAUGCCAAAGCGGCCCAGCUGGGCGGGCUGGAGGCCAGAAUGAGGGAGGUGCUGGCCACCAUCAACCAGCAGGUCCAGAUCUACAACACCUGCCAGUGAUGCCCGGAGGGGCCUGGACCCCCCGGAGCACCCAGCCUCCUGCCGCCCGGCCUCCGCCUGCCCUGCAGCGGCAGGCGGGAUGGGCGCUGCAGGGUACCCCGUGUGAAUAAAGUUGCAGAGCAAAUCUCGCCUCCGCCC